AUGGCAGUACCGAAGCGCGGUCUUUCUGGCCUUCAACGGGAGGUUUUGGCACUCUAUCGACAAUGUAUCCGGGAAAUACGGAAGAAGCCAGAGACUGCACGACCUCAUUUUCAAUCUUUUGCCAGGACAGAGUUUGAAAGGUACAUUACGGUCGACAAGCGCGACUUCUCCGUUGUAGAGCAUUUAUUGCGGAAGGGCCGCCGCCAGCUUGAGACGUACUCUUCACCGAGUAUCAAGGACAUCAGCCGGUGA